CAUCACGUGGGUCUUCGACAUCAAGACGAGGCGUGGACUCUCAGGUGCAUUGCUCAGGUGCAUUGCUUCACAAUGCCGUGUCCCAUGCUGCAGUCACUGAAACUGAUAAGGGCACUGAGGGGAAUAAUAAGUUCAGUGGUGACAGAAGCAGUAGCAACAUGAGACGAGGAAUGGAUGCGUUGUUGACCUCUGAACCCAAGAAAUCGGAAGUAGAACCUGAGGAGGUGACGAUGACCAUGGAGGACUACAUAGCUCUGGCUGCGAUUCCAACCAUCUAUCUGGAGUCCGAAGAAGAGUUUGCUGGACUGCGGAGGAGGAACCAGAGCCCCAGCCCCUGCAGGGACCACAGAAUCAGGACAUUCAGGGACCAAGAUGAAAUAGAUGUCUACAGCUCAAGGCUGGAGCCAGAUGAGAGGGGCAGAGUUCGAGAGAGAGGAAGAGACAGACGAGAGAAGUGUCGGGACUCUGAGAAUGGACGAUCAUCUCGAAGACAGUCAACAGCAUCUGUUCACACACAAAGUUUAGAUAAUCAAAGUGGAAAGCAUAGAUCUUCAAAGCUGAAGGAGCAAACUCCUCCUGAGCAUCUGCAAACACAGGGGUGGAUGUCAAGGCUGGAUGAACAUGGAAAGUGGAGGAAAUACUGGUUUGUGCUGGGUGAUUCCUCACUAAGGUACUACAGAGACUCAGAGGCUGAGGAGUCAGAUGAUCUGGACGGAGAGAUCGACCUCACCUACUGUGUGAAUGUGUCAGACUGUGACGUAGAGAACAACUAUGGACUCCAAAUACAAACAAAGCGAGCAGUGUUCACUCUCUCUGCUGUGACCUCCAGAAUACGGCGGAACUGGGUGAAGUUACUAAAGCAGGCGAUCCAAAACAACAGGCAGGACUCACACUAUGAACCAACCACUUCCACCAACACAGCUGCAAACUCCCAUCAGGCCGACCACCGCCAAACUGUAGACGGGCAUCAGCACGCAGACUUCUCUCCAGCCAGUCAGAGAGGAGAAGGGGAAGGCUGGGACAGAGAGCAGGCGAAGCGAUUGGAGGAGAGAAACAAGUGGUUUGAGGAGGGGGUCUCCUUCAGUGAGAUGGGCAGCAGGUGGGACUCGAUGGAGCUUAAAAAGGGGAGUGUACCGGUGCCUGUCAUUGAAACCAUGGACUCAGAGGUCAACAUGAAGUGGGUGGAAUUCGAGACGCUGUCAUUUAGUGACAUGAGUGCACAGUCGCUCAUUGGAGCUCAGGCGAAUCAGUCAAGCACCCCACAGGCAUCGCAGCCCCUAGUUUCCACCCACAACUAUGAGUCAAGCCUCAGCCCCAAGGAGGCUGAACCCUGUGUCACUGGUUCAAAGACAGAUUUAACAAACGCAAAGGAAGCUCCUCCAUCUGACAGUUGUGUCCCGAGCAUUCAAACUAAUGCAGCCGAAGCUCUUCAAAAGGAGGCCCUCUCUCUUCGAAAGCAAGUUGACAGCAUUAAGAGAGAGCGUGCAGCCAUGGGGAUGGAGGUGGACAGUCCUUGUGGCCCCAGGGCCCCCUGUAGGGCCACACUGGAGGCCAUGGAAGUUGCCCAUCAGAAAGCACUGCAGGAGCUGCAAGAGAAACACAAGAGGGAGAUCAUGGAGCUGGAGAAGCAGAGAGACAAGAUGCUGCUGGAGGAGAGAGAGGCAGCUGCUAAGGCCAUGGAGGCGCUGAGAGCAACUCACAGAGAUGAGCUUGAGAGAGAGCUGGAGAAGGCCAGGAGGUUGUCGGGAGGAGGCGCACACGUGGAGUCUUCAUACAGGAGGCCCAUGCCCCCAGUGGAUAUUUUGCACAGUGAAUUAGAUGUGCUGUCAGAACAUUACUCUCAGACUUGCCUGGAGCUGAGUCGCACUGAGCAAAGCAGCAAGAGUCGAGAGACAGAGCUCGGCCACAAGGAGAGAGAGCUGGAGCAGCUCCGAAGAGAGAACAAGGAGCUCAAGGCCAAACUAGCAGAGGAGAUGAGCCGCAUGCGUUAUUUCAUCACAGGUCAGAGGUCGAACAUGGUGUCUGUGGGCAGCACUGAGCGCACUGCAUCAGAAGUAGAGAUGCUGCUGAGAGCAAAAGACAGUGAGGUCCAGUCUCUUAAAAAAGAAAUCAGCUGUUUGCAGAAUGAGUUGCAGUCUCUUAAAAAGGAAAAAGAAGCAGCUUAUGGGCGUUAUAAGGAGGCCUACGUCGAGCUGAGUGACCUGAAGGGCCGUAGCCAACUGGAAAUGAGCUCCCUCAAUGAACACUUGAGACUAACCAACGCUGCACUUCAGGAAGGACCAAGACAGACCUGAGCAAUGAGGACAGUUAAAAUGUACCCGCAGAAUCAAAGCAAGCCACUAUAACAUAUAACAGCAUUAACUUACAAUAACUGUUUGUG